AAUCGCCGGCAAGAAUCACGCCAUUGCAUCCCGCAAUGAGCAUCGCGCAUGUACCACCUCAUAUUUCCAGGUCCCCUGACAUCGCGAAUGCUAUAUUAGAGCUGCAGGGUAUCGCUAGGACAUGGCUAUCAAAGAUCGGCGAUUUCACCUUCCGACACAUACGCCUGCACGAUGGGUUUCUUACCCUUCACUACGAAAGCAGAGGAAGUGGGCGCGACCUCGGAGCAGGCCAGCGACACCUUGAGCGUUAUUGACGAUGGCAAUCUACAAUAUACGGUCGAUGGGGGUGCUAACUCCUCCAAGCGCACGUACCAGGAGGCGAGUGGUGCUCCGAUCGAGUCAAAAUCACCUCUGGGAUACUCCGUAGGUGCGGUGACAGUUAUUUUCCUGAACUUGAGUAAGAUGAUUGGAACGGGUGUUUUUUCGACGCCUUCUACUGUUCUCGACGGUGCCGGAUCUGUCGGUCUGAGUCUCUUCUACUGGGUCAUCGGCUUCUUCAUGGCGGCGAGCAUGCUCUCCGUUUAUAUGGAAUUCGUGUCAUAUUUUCCCAGUCGGUCUGGCUCGGAAGUCGUAUAUCUGGAGCAGGCGUAUCCCAGGCCGCGAUAUUUCUUUCCGACUGUGUUUGCGAUGCAGACUGUGCUGUUUUCAUUCAGUAGCAGUAAUGCUGUCGUACUUGCAGAAUAUCUGUUCAAGCUUGCGGACGCAGAUACAACUGCAUGGAAAGAAAAAGGUGUUGCCGUGGCGGCAUAUACCGUGGCUGUGUUGAUGCUGGCUUUCAACACGAAAUGGUCUCUUUGGGUGGCCAAUGCCAUCGGUGUCGUCAAGCUAGUCACUCUGAUCUUUAUUGGUAUCGCUGGCCUCGUCGUCCUGGGAGGUCACACCCCAGUGAAGGACCCCUUGGUCAACUUCCGCGAUGCUUUCUCAGGAACCUCUGGCGCAUCGGUGUACGGGGCCACCAACGCUUUGGUCAAAGUGAUGUUUUCGUAUGCCGGUUACGAGAAUGCUUGCAACGUCGUCAAUGAGGUUAAGAAUCCUGUCAAGACCCUUCGCUGGAGUGCUCCGCUUGCCCUCUUUCUUACCGCCGUGCUCUACAUCCUCGCCAACAUUGCUUACUUCUCCGCUGCAAGCAAGGAGGAGAUCCUGAAUUCGAACGUCACAGCAGCGAGUCUCUUCUUCGAAAAGGUCUUUGGCACAUCAGGGGCUUCUCGGGCUCUGAACGUCUUGGUCUGUCUCAGCGCGCUGGGCAACCUUCUGGCUGUGCUGAUCGGUCAGUCCCGUAUGCUGCGGGAAUGUGGACGACAGGGUGUUCUUCCCUUUACGAGAUUCUGGACCUCGACUCGUCCAUUUGGAACGCCCCUCGGGCCCUACUUCAUCAAAUGGGCACUCACAGUCAUCAUGAUCAUCGCGCCUCCAGCUGGAGAUGCCUUCAACUUCAUCGUCGACUUGAGCAUCUAUCCCAGCAACGCUUUCAACUUUCUUCUGGCAAUAGGUAUCCUCAUCACUCGACAUCGGCGUCAGCGACUCAACUUCCCCCCAUCCGGCUACAGGGCCUGGACUGUCUCCGUCUACUUUGCCAUUCUCUCGAGUCUGUAUAUGCUCGUUGCGCCAUGGUAUCCCCCGGCCACCGGAGCAGAUGGUGGAGACGUCAGCUUCUGGUAUGCGACGUACUGUGUCGUGGGGAUUGCAAUUAUCGCCGCUUGCGGAGUCUACUAUUACCUCUGGGUCAAGAUCCUCCCCCGGGUAGGCGGGUAUGAGCUUCGUCAGACGAUUAUCAAUGUCGGGGGUGAUGCGACUGCACAUAAAUUGGUCAGGGUGCCAAAGGCGCAGGUGGAGGAAUGGGACCGAGAGCAUGAUGCUUCAGGAAGAGUGAGGAGGAGACAUCAUACUACUGAGGUUGUAACAAAGACAGAGGAGACAGCUUAAGCAGGAAAGAGUUCUCGCAUAGUGUUAUAUAA